AUGAUCAUCUGAGCAAUUUGGAGGCCUGUUAGUUUGUUGUUCAUCUCUGUAGCGUCUUAUAGAGCAUUGUUCCUUCUGUCAUCUUUUCUCAUGUGCUCAGCAGUCUCCACUUCUAGAGGAAUUUUGCUUCUUAGGGGUCACAAAAUCCACAUACACCAUCAACUUCUUUGGGGCAACUUGAAAUGGAUCCACAUGAAGCUAAGGAAAUUGAGCUGCUAUCAUUAUCUUGGAACCAAGAUUAUGGGUGUUUUGCUGCUGGCACAAGCCAUGGCUUUCGAAUUUACAACACUAAGCCGUUCAAGGAAACUUUUAGAAGGGAUUUGAAAAGUGGUGGCUUCAGAAUUGUGGAAAUGCUCUUUAGAUGCAAUAUUAUGGCUCUUGUUGGCGGUGGUGUCAACUCGCAAUAUCCACCCAACAAAGUUCUAAUUUGGGAUGAUCAUCAAGGUCGUUGCAUUGGUGAACUUGCCUUCAGAUCUAAUGUUCGUGGCGUAAGAUUGAGACAAGAUCGCAUUGUAAUUGUUCUUGAACAUAAAAUAAAUGUGUAUAACUUUAGCGAUUUGAAACUUCUCCACCAAAUAGAGACAUUAGCCAAUCUAAAGGGACUUUGCUGUCUUUCACACCAUUCAAUUACUUCUGUUUUGGCAUGCCCAGGUCUACGCCAAGGACAAGUUCGAGUUGAACACUUUGGUCUAAAGAUGACAAAGUUCAUCAAUGCCCAUGAUUCACAUAUUUCUUGUUUCAGCUUGACUUUGAAUGGCUUCCUUCUUGCAACUGCAAGCGUGAAAGGGACAUUGGUGAGGAUUUUUAACACAAUGGAUGGAACACGCUUACAAGAGGUGAGAAGGGGUGCAGAUAGAGCAGAAAUAUAUAGCAUUGCUUUCUCACCAAAUGUGCAGUGGUUGGCAAUAUCUAGUGACAAGGGCACUGUGCAUAUAUUCAACCUUAGGGUUCAAGUGGUAGGAGAAGAUGCACCUAUCUUGCCUUCAGGUUCGGGGCCUGCUUUGAGACAUCAAAACUCUGGAACUUCACUUGAUGCAUUGAUAUCUCAAAAUACUGGUGCUAACCCAAGCUCUUCAUUAUCAUUUAUGAAAGGGGUUUUACCUAAAUAUUUCAAUUCCGAGUGGUCAUUUGCUCAAUUUCGCUUGGCUGAAGUUACACGAUAUUUUGCAGCAUUUGGUUCAGAAAACACCGUAAUGAUUGUUGGUAUGGAUGGCAGUUUCUACAGGUGUAGUUUUGAUCCAGUGCUUGGUGGAGAAAUGACGCAGCUAGAGUAUGUUCGAUUCCACAAAGGGAAAGUCACCAGCCAAGAUCAGCCAGCCAACUCAUGA